AAGUCAGAAUUUCUUCAUCUGACAUAAUCCCAAAACCUUCCUUUUUCUCUCUCCUACUUUCAUCAUCCCCUGUUUUAUUUUUGUCCAGACGUUUUCUCUCUCCUCCAUUGACACACCUCAUCCAUCUCCAUUUUUCUUCCUUGUAAAUAUUUUUCCACGUGGUAAUUAAUUUACCCACCUUUUAUUUUUUUAUUUUUUUACCAAAAUAAUUCGUUUUUUUGCAGGAGAAGAGAGAGAAAAUUUAGAGGGAGAAAGAAAAGGGGAAGUCUAAGUGAAUUCUCCUUUUCAGUCCACACUAAAUAAUAGGAAAAACCCCUUUUCCUUUCUUCCUCCCCCCAUGUGAUUUUGAUUGCUCCCAUCUUAUGAAAUCAUCAUGAUUUUGCCCAAUUUUCGAUCCAAAAUUUUGAUAAAAAUUAUUAAUUUUUGUUGAUUAUUGUUAUAAUUACACUUUAUUAUACUCAAUUACAAUCUGGGUUCUUCCCAAUUUUAUUUCCUGGGGUUGUUGUUGAAUUGUUCUUGAUUUGAUCAUUUCCUCCAAUUUUCCAAUUUGGAAGUGUGGCUCAAAUUGUGAAUUAAGAUAAGGGGUUGAUUAAUUUACUAAUUCUGGGUGUUUUUAAACUGGAGCGAAAUUGAUUGGAUCUCGAUUCGGGCUGGGUUCGUCGGAAUUAUCCGUUUUGGAUCCGAUUUUAGGAAAAACAGCGCCAUCCCAUGGCGCUGUUUCGUCGAUUAUUCUACCGGAAGCCACCUGAUCGGCUUCUCGAAAUUUCUGAGCGUGUUUUCGUGUUUGAUUGCUGCUUCUCCACGGAUGCAUUGGAUGAAGAUGAGUACACAGAAUACCUUGGUGGUAUUGUAACUCAGCUACAAGACUACUGCCCAGAUGCCUCUUUCAUGGUGUUCAACUUUAGAGAAGGGGAUCGAAGGAGUCACAUUGCAGACAUAUUGUCCGAUUAUGAUAUGACGGUUAUGGAAUAUCCUCGUCAAUAUGAGAAAUGUCCUUUGCUUCCCCUUGAAAUGGUUCACCACUUCCUACGCUCCAGUGAAAGCUGGCUGUCGUUGGAAGGGCAGCAAAAUGUAUUGCUGCUGCACUGUGAAAGAGGAGGUUGGCCUGUCCUUGCCUUUAUGCUUGCAGGUCUUUUGUUGUACAGAAAGAACUAUUCUGGUGAGCAAAAAACACUUGAAAUGGUCAACAAGCAGGCGUCGAAGGAGCUUCUUCAGCUUUUGUCUCCUUUAAACCCACAGCCUUCACAACAGAGAUAUCUUCAGUAUAUAUCCCGAAGAAGUUUAGGCUCCGAUUGGCCUCCUUCUGACACACCUCUUAUUCUAGACUGUUUAAUACUUAGAGUUCUUCCUUUAUUUGAUGAGGGUAAAGGUUGCAGACCAGUGGUUCGUGUGUAUGGGCAGGACCCUUUAACAAAAUCUAGUAGAAGUACCAAGCAGUUAUUUUCAUCCUUAAAGUCCAAAAAACAGGUUCCCCGUUAUUCAGAGACAGAGUGUCUCUUGGUAAAAUUGGAUAUUCGUUGCCGUGUUCAAGGGGAUGUUGUUUUGGAAUGCGUCCAUCUUUGUGAUGAUUUAAUACGGGAAGAAAUUAUGUUCAGAAUUAUGUUUCACUCAUCCUUUAUUCGGUCAAACAUUUUGUCCCUCAGCCGUGACGAAGUUGAUAAAUUAUGGGAUGCAAAGGUUCAGAUUUCUAAGGACUUCAAAGCAGAGGUACUCUUCUCGGACGUUGGUGCAAUGCCAAUUAUAAAUACAGAACUAGAAAGUGAUGAUGAUGAUAAUGAAACAGAUAGUGCUUCACCAGAGGAAUUUUUUGAAGCUGAAGAGAUCUUCAGUAAUGCUGUUGAUGCCCAAGAUGGGAAGACCGACUUUGAUGGUCCUUUCAUUCAUGAUAGUUCUGUCAAUGAAGUAGGUAAUGGAGAACAGAAGGAAGAUAGAGAACCACCCUCAUUUGUAGAUUGUGGACCAGAUACAAGAGCUCAUAGACGAGACAUAAAAGAACUAGUGGAGAUUGAAACAGUGAAGGACAUAGGCCUGGAUGGUUGGAGUAAAACAUUGCAUCGGCAUGUCGAGUCUGAUCUUAAUGCUAUCAAAGACAUUCUUAUGGAUGAUGCGAAUCAGAAAGAAGACGUUAAAUGGGCUGUCGAUGAUAUUGUUUUGCAUGAAGGGGGGCACAAACAUGAGGUACACUAUGAUCUAAAUGAAGUGAAGGACAUUGCUUUGGAUGCUUAUGUUAAAGAGGCAGACACGAUGAUUGUGGUUUCAGAUACGCUCAUAAAGCAGAAUAUCAAGACUGGUUUUGUAGAUGGCAACAUGGUGGGAGAGCUAGAUAGAAAACAGACUGUAGAGGACUGGGAAAUGGGAAAAGGGUCAGAUAGCAGCAACAGUCCACGGAAAAAGUUGAAUGGUGAUGUUACUAAGCAAAAGCAAGAGAGAGUCCUGCAACCUUCACCCAAAAGGCCUCCCACGUUUAAUCAAAAGUCAGCUUCUGACUCAGCUUUGGGCAAGCACAGAGGGAAACAGCAAGAAGCAGCAGGGGAUAAGUCUGGAAAGCAAAAACCAACUGAACAUCGGUGGAUACCUUCAAACAAAGGUUCUUACACCAAUUCUAUGCAUGUCGCUUAUCCACCUACCCGGGUCAACAGUGCACCGCCUUCUUUAGGAGGUACAAAAAAUCAAGUGAAGGAUUCUGGUUCCGUUGGCAAACUGAAGGAUCGUGCUGCCAGCACAGAUUUUGGAUUUGGUGCUACUAGUAUUGAUAGACGUCCGCAUAAAUUUCAGGAUGUAAAUCCUGUGGAAUCUGCCAAAUUUUCUUGGGUUGAAACACCUGAUGAUGGGCUUAACCAAGAAGUUUCCAGUCCUAAAUGCUUUCCUCGCUCAGAUCCCUCCUCUUUGGUUAAUCCAUCCUCCCAGUCUUUAGCUGAGUCUGUUGAGCUUGAAGAAGAAAUAAAGGCACCCUUAACCCUACCUCCCCAAUCUCCUGUUCACUCUUCUUCAUCAGAUAUGCCAACUGUAGAGGUGUUACCACUACAAAGACCUCCGUCACCCUCUUCUAUCAAUUCAUGUGGCAAUUUUAAAAUAUCCUCUCCAAUGCUUCCUCAAUCGCCGUCUCUUUUCGAUUCGUCUGAUAAACAAAGUAGAGUUACAACCAUGCCUCAAAUGCCACCGCCGCCACCACCACCACCACCACCACCACCACCACCACCACCACCACCACCGCCACCCCCUCCCCCUCCCCCACCUCCCCCUCAUUCGAGAGUUUUACCUUCACCACCACCUCCGCCUCCAACCCAGCGAACUGCAUCCUCUAACAUGUUAAGGAGUCAAACUUUGUCUCCUCCACCUCCGCCUCCGCCUCCGCCUCCGCCUCCGCCUCCACCUCCACCUCCACCAAGGUUUUCUAAUCCAUAUCCUCCAUCAACUCCAUCUUCAUUGCCUUCAUCAUUUGAAAAGGCAAUACCUUCUCCUCCACCACCACCUCCUAGAUCAAGUGGACUGUUGGCACCUUCUAUUUUACCACCUCCACCACCCCCACCCCCACCUCCACCUCCACCUCUCUCUCUUGCAUAUGGUGCUCCAUCUCAUCCUAUUCAAGAUACCCCACCUCCUCCUCCCCCACCACCUCCAGCACACUAUGCCCCACCUCCUUUACUACGAGUUUCCCCACCACCUCCUCCUCCACCACCUCCUUCUUAUGGAGCCCCUCCCCCACCUCCACCACCUCCUUGGGCCGGACCCCCUCCCCCACCUCCGCCUCCUCCCGGGGGCCGAGGCCCUCCCCCACCUCCACCACCUCCCGGGGGCCGAGCCCCUCCCCCACCUCCGCCACCUCCAGGAGGCCGAGCCCCUCCCCCACCUCCACCACCUCCAGGAGGCCGAGCCCCUCCCCCACCUCCACCACCUCCAGGAGGCCGAGCCCCUCCCCCACCUUCGCCACCUCCAGGGGGCCGAGCCCCUCCCCCUCCUCCCCCGCCUCCCGGGGGACGAGGCCCUCCACCUCCUCCGCCACCUCCGGGAGGACGAGGCCCUCCACCUCCUCCGCCACCUCCGGGGGGACGAGGCCCUCCUCCUCCUCCGCCACCUCCCGGGGGACGAGGACCUCCCCCUCCUCCGCCUCCUCCAGGGGGCCGAGGUGCUCCUCCUCCUCCUCCACCUCCCGGGGGUCGAGGCGCUCCUCCUCCUCCGCCACCUCCGGGGGGCCGAGGUCCUCCCCCACCUCCUCCUCCUUUGCGUGGAGGAGGACCACCACCACCACCACCCCCUAGAGGUGGUGCUCCAGGUCCUCCUGCACCACCAAGACCCCCGGGAGCUGGACCACCACCGCCCCCGCCAUUUGGUGCAAAAGCCGCUCCAGGUGCACCUAAUGCUCCCCCAUCUCUGGGUAGGGGUCGUGGGCUGCCACGGUCAGCACCAGGAGUUGCAACUAAAAAAACAACACUUAAACCCUAUCACUGGAUAAAAGUGCCGAGGCUAAUACAAGGGAGUCUUUGGGAAGAAUUGCAAACACAGGCAGGGUCUCAAAUUGUUGCAGAAUUUGAUAUGUCAGAGAUUGAGAAGCUUUUCUCUAAUCAAGUGUCAAAGCCUGCUGGUGCAGGAGGGAAAUCUGGUGAAAAGAAGAAGGCUGUUGGAUCCAAGUCUGAAGUUGUUCACCUGAUUGACACCAGAAGGGUUAACAACACAGAAAUAAUGCUUACAAAGGUUAAGAUGCCACUCCCUGAUAUGAUGGCUGCAGUACUAGCUAUGGAUGAGUCAAUUUUGGAUGCUGAUCAGGUGGAGAACCUAAUAAAAUUUUGUCCCACUAAAGAGGAGAUGGACACUCUAAAGAACUACACAGGCGAUAGAACGAAGCUAGGAAAAUGUGAGCAGUUUUUUAUGGAGCUCAUGAAAGUGCCGCGGGUGGAGUCAAAAAUGCGAGUUUUUUUGUUCAAAAUUCAGUUUAACACUCAGGUUACAGAUUUUAAAAAGAGUUUGAAUACUGUAAAUUCUGCAUGUGAUGAGGUGCGAAAUUCUGGGAACUUGAAAGAGAUCAUGCAGUUAAUCCUUAAUCUAGGAAAUGUAUUAAAUUCUGGAACUGCAAGAGGAUCCGCAGUUGGCUUCAAGUUGGAUAGUCUGUUAAAACUGACGGAUACCCGUGCAACUAACAGCAGGAUGACACUUAUGCAUUAUCUUUGCAAGUUUGUAGCGGAGAAGGUACCAGCACUGUUGAACUUCCAUGAAGAUCUUUUAAGCCUUGAAGCAGCAACAAAGAUACAAUUGAAGUCCUUGGCAGAGGAAAUGCAGGCUAUAAACAAAGGGUUGGAAAAGGUUAAGCAGGAGCUGUCUGCAUCUGCUAAUGAUGGCCCUGUUUCUGAGACUUUUUGCAAGACUCUGAAGGAAUUUGUCGAUGUUGCUGAAUCUGAGGUGGAAUCUGUGAUGAAUCUUUACUCCGUAGCGGGUAGAAAUGCGGAUGCACUAGCCUAUUAUUUUGGCGAAGAUCCUGCUAAGUAUCCUUUCGAGCAAGUUGCACAGACUUUGUUGAACUUUACAAGAUUAUUCCGGAAAGCACACGAUGAAAAUGGUAAGCAGGCUGAAUUGGAAAAGAAAAAAGCCCAAAAAGAGGCUGAAAUGGAGAAGGCAGAGAAGGCAAAAGCAGCAGCCAAGCCAUCAAAAGAGAGUGAUACGUAGUUGAAAGAUGGCAGAAUAUCUCUCGUGAAGCCCAGAGUUGCACGCACCAUACGUGAAAAAGGUCUUGUGCAGUCUCAGUAACCCAAAAGCAAACUUAAGCUUUUGUCGCCACCGAUUUGCAGUAACAGUGAAACAUGUUUUGAGGUGAAGCAUAAUGAGAUGCUGCCGGUCAAGACCUUCGGACUUUUUCCCACUAGGAGCUCGAAUAUGUUCAAGAUGGGUGCUGAGCUGUCGGUGGCUGAUUGGACUGUCAGAAAUGUAUCAUCACUGUACAGAUACACCGUUCCCUCCCAAGAGAUAUAUUUCGCCAUCAAAAGUUCAAACCUGCUUAGAAAUGGCAGAUGAUGCUCACUUACCGAUAAUCCUCCGAAGCAGAUGCCGCCAGCAUGGCGAUCUCCAACGCUCACCCCUGUCUACCAUUGCGUGCGAUCUUGUACAAAGCUCUAACCUGUAAGUAGGUAGGUAGGUAAACUUUUUGUACCAUAUAGUCCUUGAUUUUUUUUGUCCUCCCAUAAAAUUGAUAUAGUUAGUGGGUUAGGAUAGGAGGUAUAACAGACAGUUUUGUAUAGAACUUUAGGGACUUAGAAAGGGAGAUUAGAUGGUUAGGGUUUCGGUAUAGGUCAUCGUGUCUUCAAUUUCUAUUCAAUGUAAUUGUAAUAUAUAAAGAGUGUAGAGUUGGGAGAUGGGAAAAUAAUCAAAAUUCAGAAACAGGGGUCGGUUUUCUCUAUUAUAAAUAGUGUGAAAUUUGAAUGAAAACAUACAAAUUUCUGCUUUUUAAGGCCUUGUUUUAGUUUCUUGUAACUUGUAAUUGAUCUUGGAAGUAUGUCUACAAUGAAUAGGUAUUUUUUUUUCC